CUUUAUCAGGCAACCAGGGUAUCCGGCUAUCAGCCAACUCUUGGACCAUCACGACGUCAGAGGGCCAGUCGCCCAGUCGACCUCUCUGCUCGCUGGAAAUGGCGGCGGCGGCGGCGGAAGGUCUGGCUGCCUACCGGGCGGUGCUGCGGGCGGCGCGGCGGACGUUCGCGGGCGACCAGCUGAUGCUGAAGGAGUCUGCGGUGGAGAUCCGGCGCCGCUUCGAGGACCACCGUGGUCUAGCCCCGGGCUCCGACGAGGCAGCGCGUGCCCUCGCCGACGCCCGCGAGGCGGCGCACUUCAUCACCCAUAUGAUAGUCCAGGCCACACGCGCGCCUUCCGGAUCUUUCGUUGUGAAGCCUGAGAGUGUUCAUGCUGGAGCUACACUGGAGGUUCCUUCCGAGGAGAUCCUUUCAAAGUUGAAAUAGGGGAAUUGAAGCGCUCGGCUGUUUGUUGAAGUAGGUCAUCAAUCACCAUCUCCAGGCUAGUAAAAUAAGAUCAGUUUGCAGCGGUUGCUUCUUGUGUUGUAUACUGGUGCAUUUGGUAGCUUUCACACUUUUGCCUUUCUAUUACUCACAGCAUUUUGCUGCGCCAAGAUACGGUGUGUGCGUUUGAUGCAAAGUAGUUUUUGAAAAUUGACUGGCCCUUGAGAUUUUGAGAAAUGACUGUAUGAUGAGGAAUUAUUAUGCAAAAAAAGAAAAAUAACAGGUUUGUUGGAGU